ACCGUGCGCCUGAUCCCACUCCCAGCACACAUGCUGGGUUGUGGAGAGGAGGCGCACGAUGAAUCUUCUGGUGCUCAUCGUGCUCACAUGUCUGCCCCUCAGCUCGGCUGUCUACAGCGGCCCCCUGCAAGCCGAGAUCUCCAACGGUACUUUCCAUCACUUCUACGUCCCGGACGGCGACUACGAGGACACAUUAGACCCGGAAAAAUGCCAGAUGGUCUUCAGAUUCUCUGAUGGCUCCCCGUGUUCCGUGGCGGAGGAGGAGAGUGACGCGCUGGUGCGGGAGGAUUUGAUCCUCACCCGGCUUCAGACGGAGGACUCUGCGCGACUUCUGGAGAGCAUCGGCCGUGCGGUUGCCAACGACCUGGACGGGGAGGACACCUAUGGCCGCUUCCUCUUGAGGGAGAUAUCCCAGAUCUCUGAGGCUUUCGCCAGUGUGGACAAGUCUCUGGAGGAACUAGAAGUGAAGUUCAAGCAGAGCCAAGAAAGCGAGCUAAGAGAGGAGCAACAACUGAGUGGCUUUGUGCUCAAGCAAGUGGGGGACGUCAGAGAUAGCCUGAGGGACACAAAAUACAUCUCGCUGGGACUGAAGGACAAACAGGAGCUGCUAUCUCUGAUCAUCCGCAGCCACGGGAGUAGACUGAGUCGCCUUAAAACACAAUAUCUCAAUCCGGGAUCAUAGUCCAUUCACAUUAUCGUGGAAUUGUAAAGUUUUUGAGGAUGUGUCAUUAAAGGGGACCAACACACGAA